CCUACUACAUUUCUGUAACGUUGUCUUUGUUUUUCCAUUUUAAAUUCCGUGUAGUACGACAAAAAGAUUCGACAGCACCACGUGGGGGGCGUGCGCUGGCACUCCGGCGGCAGCAUCAAGGCCGACCUCGCCUCGCCUCACCUCACCUCACCCGCAGCUCCACCAUCCACCACCGACCGACGGCGGCGACACCUCACUCUCGAAGACGACACGGACGCCUCGCCAUGUCCUCCGGCGGCACGAAAUCGGCUUCUUCUCCUCCGCCGUCGCCGAGCUCGAGCUUGUGGCUCGCUCCGAACCCGAGCAAGAGAUGGGGAGCUCUUCUUUCUCUUCUACACGCCGUUCUGGCUCACUCUCGCGCUCGGCAUCGUCGUCCCUUACAAGCUCUACGAGAGCUUUACGGAGUUAGAGUACUUGCUUCUGGGGUUGGUGUCAGCAGUUCCUGCAUUCCUGAUACCGAUGGUAGUUGUCGGGCAGGCGGAUAGCAGUUUGUGCUGGAAGGAUCGCUAUUGGGUCAAGGCGAGUCUCUGGAUAAUAAUCUUUAGUUACGUUGGGAAUUACUUUUGGACGCACUACUUCUUCACAGUUUUGGGAGCUUCUUAUACAUUUCCGUCGUGGAAAAUGAAUAAUGUACCGCAUACUACCUUCCUCCUGACUCAUGUUUGCUUUUUAUUUUACCAUGUUACGUCAAACAUGACCCUCCGCCGCCUAAGGCAUGCUAUUGCUGACUUGCCUGAAGUUCGGUGGGUUACUGAGGCAGCAUGGAUUCUGGCUCUUUCCUAUUUCAUAGCAUACCUGGAGACUCUGGCUAUUUCUAAUUUUCCUUACUAUGAAUUUGUAGACCGGGCAUCCAUGUAUACAGUGGCCUUGUUUUAUGCCAUAUACUUUAUUGUGAGCUUUCCAAUGUUUCUGAGGAUUGAUGAGAAGCCAGGCAGUCCUUGGGACCUGCCGAGGGUAGCUGUCGAUGCUUUGGGUGCUGCGAUGCUGGUGACAAUCAUACUCGACUUAUGGCGUAUUUUCCUCGGACCAAUUGUCCCAGUUCCUAACUCAAAACAAUGCAUUCAGCCAGGACUUCCGUGGUUUCCUGGUCAUUCCGUGGAAGCUUGAGAUCUCAUUGUACUAAAACGGGAGCUUGGGUUCUAGUUCCCAAUUCCAUAGAGGCUGUAAGUUUUGGGGCGUUCCAUGUUAGGGAAAAGAUGUAGCGACAACCGUGCCAAAGGGCUUGUAUUGUACUAGUUGUAGUACUUAGGACAUUAAACAUUUGUUGAGGAAUGUCUCCAAGUACAUGCAGGUGCGAUUUGAAACCAUGACGGUGUUAGUGUUGAGCUUGCCAAAUAUGCUUACCUUAGCUUUUGAUUUGCAUAUAUGCCUUAUUUAGCUUGCCUAGCUGUGUUGCGUGGCAUGCAUUGAAUUGUGAA